AUGUUCUUCAAGACUGUCACCCUUGCCCUCCUUGCCUCAUCGGCCUUCGCAGCUACUAUCCAGCAGAGGCAGGGACUGAACCCCAGUGUUCAGCUCUGCUCCAACAAGGAUUUCAACGACUGCGAUACUGUUAACUUCCACUAUGGCAUUUGUCAGUCUGCCGGAAGGCUGAACGAUAAGGUCAGCUCGCUCAAGGCGAACGGCCACAACUGCAUCUUCUACAACGACACUGGAUGCCGCAACGGAGGCGGCCAGAUUGCGACCACGGGAGAUGUCGCCAACAUUCGCUCCGACAGCUCGCACUCUACCAUGAACGACGAUGUUUCCUCCUUCUUGUGCAACAUCUAA